CCUGCAUGCGUGUCUCCUCCUCCUCCUCCUCCUCCACCGCUCUCCCAACCGCCCUACAACCCGAUCGCUCUAUAAACAAGGUUAGAGCGUCGACACACAAGGGCCCUCACAUGUUGCUGCCCCCCGCCUAUUUAGGAGUUGAGAAGGGAGGGGCGUAAGGAGGAGUUGUUGUUGCCCCGGCUGUGACCGAAGAGGGACGGAAGACCAAGGUGAUGCAACUUCCAAUAACCCAAUAUUGGCGGAAAACCCCCCCUUCAUGUAUGUCAGAGGAGACUGCAGCCAGAGGACGAGAGCUCACCUCCACGCAUAGAAAAGUUUCUGGAUUAGGGCAGAAUUAACACAAAGCGGCGACGCCACUCCAGCUACACUCGCGCACAACAACGCCGACGAGGCAAGAGGAGGGGAACGGAGACAGAGAGAGCGACGCGACGGGGGUGAAGACACUCGAGCCACCUCAGAAAACUUCAUCAAACUCUGAUUGCAAGAGGCGGACGAGUCCAUCCCAGAGAGAGAGAGAGAGAGAGAGAGAGAGAGAGAGAGAGACGGCAGCAGAGAGGCAGCGGGAUCUUUGCAGACAAGGUCCUGAAGGAUGGAAGAGAAGCAGUUUGCUGGGAUCCUGAACGGAGCAGUUCCAGGAGAGCCAGUGAAGAAGGAUGAAAACUCCCGGAGAGGGAACUGGGGCAACCAGAUAGAGUUUGUCCUCACCAGCGUGGGCUAUGCUGUGGGCCUGGGCAAUGUCUGGAGGUUUCCCUACCUCUGCUACAGAAAUGGAGGAGGUGCCUUCAUGCUACCGUACUUCAUCAUGCUGGUGUUCUGUGGCAUUCCCCUCUUCUUCCUCGAGCUGUCCUUUGGUCAGUUUGCCAGCCUUGGAUGUCUGGGAGUCUGGAAGAUCAGUCCUAUGUUUAAAGGCGUGGGCUACGGCAUGAUGGUGGUGUCCACCUACAUUGGGAUCUACUAUAACGUGGUCAUUUGCAUCGCCUUUUACUACUUUUUCAUGUCCAUGACAAAGCUGCUGCCGUGGACCUACUGCAACAACCCCUGGAACACGCCGGACUGCAGCGGCGUGGUGAGCUCCAGCCGCCAGCUCAACGCCAGCCUGGCUAACGCUACCACCAGCCUGGUGGCAGGAGUGUCUGAGGUGGUCAACCGCACCAAGAGGACCAGCCCCAGCGAGGAGUACUGGAAACACUAUGUGUUGAACAUCUCUGAUGACAUUGGGAACUUUGGAGAGGUCCGUCUCCCAAUCCUGGGCUGCCUGGCUGUGUCCUGGUGUGUCGUCUUUCUCUGUCUCAUCAGGGGUGUUAAGUCCUCUGGAAAGGUGGUGUACUUCACCGCCACAUUCCCCUACUUGGUUCUGACCAUCCUGUUCAUCCGUGGCAUCACCCUGGAUGGAGCCAUCAACGGCAUCAAGUACUACCUGACUCCACAGUGGCAGAAGGUCCUCGAUGCAAAGGUGUGGGGAGAUGCUGCCUCGCAGAUCUUUUACUCUCUGGGCUGUGCCUGGGGUGGGCUCAUCACCAUGGCUUCCUACAACAAGUUCCACAACAACUGUUUCAGAGACAGCAUCAUUAUCAGUAUAACCAACUGUGCAACUAGCGUGUACGCCGGCUUCGUCAUUUUCUCCAUCCUGGGCUUCAUGGCGCACCACCUGAACGUCCCCGUGUCCGAGGUGGCUGACCACGGCCCUGGGCUGGCCUUUGUGGCCUACCCAGAAGCCCUCACUCUGCUUCCCAUCUCACCGCUCUGGUCACUGCUCUUCUUCUUCAUGCUCAUCCUCCUGGGACUGGGGACUCAGUUCUGUCUGCUGGAGACCCUGGUGACGGCCAUCGUCGAUGAGAUCGGUACAGACUGGAUCAUCAGAAACAAGACUGUAGUCACGCUGUCAGUGGCCGUAGUUGGAUUCCUGCUGGGAGUGCCACUAACAACACAGGCAGGAAUCUAUUGGCUGUUACUGAUGGACAACUAUGCUGCUAGUUUCUCUCUGGUCAUCAUCUCCUGCAUCAUGUGCAUCUGCGUCAUGUAUGUUUACGGUCACAGGAACUACUUUAAAGAUGUUGAGAUGAUGCUGGGAUUCCCUCCUCCUCUCUUCUUCAAAGUCUGCUGGAGAUUCAUCUCCCCUGUCAUCAUCUCUUUCAUCCUGAUCUUCACGGUGAUUCAGUACAAGCCCAUCACCUACAAUGACUACGUGUAUCCUGGCUGGUCUCUGGCUAUCGGCUUCGCCAUGGCUCUGUCCUCAGUGGUCUGCAUACCCGUCUAUGCCCUCUACAAGAUCUCCAGGUCCCCAGGAGCCACCUUCAGAGAGCGGUUGAAGUUUGCCUGCAAAGCACAUCCAAAGUGGGGCCCUGCCCUGCAGGAGCACCGGACAGGCCGCUACGCCCCCAUGGCCUCCGAAGACACUGUGGAGGCUCGUCCCCUCAAGGAGAAGGAGGAGCUGAAGGAGGAGCUGAAGGAGGAGGAGAAGGAGAAGGAGAGGAAGGAUGAGAUCAGCCUCACCAUCCAGGGAAGCAACGGCUCCACCAACACACACAACAACCCCAACCCCAGCGCAUAGACGGCACCCCACUCUGUCAGCGCUACUGGGCACGGCCCCCGCCCCCCCGAUCUCCUCCUACUCUUCCUCCCUUUUUCCUCCCUUCUCCUCCAUCCUCACCCCACUUUCCCACAGUCCUCUGUGGGGGAGAUCCCAUUCGCUGGAGACCUUUACAUAUUGUAAGGGCUUAUUAUAUCUAUCCUAACCUCUUCUAUCUAUCUGUGUGUUGUCUCUAGAUAAAUGAAGAAAAAAAAAAAACGAAAGGAAGAAAAAAUUGGGUCAUCAUCCAAAAGAUUUGUGUGUAUGUUAGUGUGUGCGUGUGUGUGAGUGGGUUGUUAAUUUGUUCAACAUAAUUUAAUAAUGCAGUUUGUUUUUCCUUUCAUUUUUUGUAAGACUUGUAUAUGUCAUCAUCAUAUGCAGUUAGAGGUACAGUAGAUUGUGAAGCUGCAUGUGGUUGUUUUGUGCAUGCAGCAACAUAGAGACACACACUGUUCUCCUUUAUUCUGUUAGCUGGGUCUGUUUGGGAUUGGUGACUUUCUAGCGUCAGUGAUUUGACAGCAAGAGACUCGUCGUGGUGCUGUAACAUAGAGGAGGAGGGUGAACUGUGCCUGUACUGGCCAUUUACAGUUUAAAGAUGCCGAAAGGACGGAAGCAGUCGCAAUUUUCAUGGCCAGAAAAAAGAGGCGGAUACACUCAUUCACACUCAUACACUCACACUAUUGUACAUUUUACAGCACACAGUGACCUCAACCAUAGUUGAUCUCAGCUUAAGACUAAGCCUGUUGUUUUUUAUGCUGCUGCUUCUUUUAAAAAAAACAAAAAAAAACAAGUUCUACAGAGCACAAAUAUUUAACACCGGAGAUGGCGACUGACACUUAGGGCUGAUUUUCUGUGGAAAUUUUUCCUCCAUUUGUAACUUUUUUUUCCACUAAAGCUGCUUAAACUUUGAGAACUCAGCAGAGAAACAUCAGUGAACUUUAACUGUACUGUAAACUCUCUGCCUACACACACACACACCACACACACACACACACACACACACACAUACACACACACACACACACACACACACACACACACACACACACACACACACACACACACACACAUACACACACACACACACACACACACACACACACACACAACAUAUUUGCUCCCAGUUUUUUGACAGAAGAGAUCCCAUGGCCAUUUCUCAGGGUCCAAGUGGAAGUUAAACUUUGUGGUUUGUUGUCGUCGUUGUUCCUCGCCUGUCGAAACCUUGUCUCGACUAAGUUGGCCUGUUAACAUUAUAGGGACUGAAAUCACCCCGCUGUCGAAAAACGCCUGCACACACACACAUACACACACACACACACACACAAAACAGGUGGAUGCAACUCUAAAUAUAGAAGUGCCAUCUCUUAUUAAGUCUUCCAGGCAUUCUUUUUGAGUGAAAUGCAUCUUGGGAUGUGGUCUGUGACGGAGGAAUCCGGGCUCGAGGAGGUAAACAAGUGAGAGGCUUUGUUGGAGUGUGUGUCUCCCCGUGUGGGUCGUAGCAAUCUGCCCCAUUCAGGCAUGUUACCAAAAACAUUACCUACGUUACCUGAGUCCUGCACAUGUUUUUGGUAACAUAUAUAUAUAUCUCAGAGACUGAUCUGGUGUCAGUCUCUUACAGUCAGUGGAACCUUUAAUGUAUUUACAGACACUUGUUUUAAAGCUCUGAGCCAAGCUGUGCUGGGACCGAUGGAGAGACAGAAAAGCAGAGUGAAAGCAGCUUGUUUCCAGAAGAAUAUAGAAUAAAGAACUUCAAUGAAUUAUGUAGAUUUAAAUGUAGCUGUAUAGUAUCGUUCUCUCAGUAGAAUCCUCCUUUUUACCUCUACCAUUAUUGUAAAGUAACUUAGUAAAUAAUUAUAAAGACAGCAUAUGUUUAUUUUGUACAAAAAGUAAAAACUACAGAAUCAUAAUUAACCAUGUUUACCAUUCCUCAUCUGUGACUUGUUUUGUUGGGGAGGGUGUGGGGGGGUGGGGUGGGGUGGGGGGGUGAUAGGAUAGAGAGGGGGUCUCUUUAGUCUUUAGCAUGCAGAGUGUCUGAUUGGAAAGCAUCCAGGACUGUAUUAUUGUAGUACUGUGGUGAUGGCAGAGGUUUUAAGGCGGCAUAAAGACAGAUUAAACAGCUGUGCCAGGAUUUGAUCUGCGCCACAUGUUCUUUGGUAUUAUCAUCCUAAGAUGCUUUGUUGGACACCUGCUCAGGUGAUUGUGAGAUGCGUUCAGCUUCACAGGCAGGGAGAGGGGUUUUGGAGGUUGCAUCAGCUCUGGCUGUUUCUUCACAUUGCAGCGUCGGGGUUGUUUCACAGCUUGAAUAACUAGAGUGAUACCAGUACGAGCAAGGGACACAUUCACAGUAAUAUACGUUAACUGUAUUAUUGUAUACAGCAUAUUUAUAUGUAGAGAGACUUAAAGGAAUAGUUCAACAUUUUGGGAACUAUGCUUACUCGCGUUCUUCCUGAGAGUAAGAUGAGAAGAUUGAUACCACUCUCAUGUCUGUAUGCUAAAUAAGCCAGCAGCUGGUUAGCUUAGCUUAGCAUAAAGACUGGAAACAGGGGAGGGGGGGAACAGCUAGCCUUGCUCUGUCCAAAGGUAACAAAAGCCACCUCUAAAGCUCAAUUUACAUGUUAUAUCUUAUUUGUUUAGAGAGCACAACGAAAAAAAUAAAUAAAUAAAACUUGUUGCCAGGCAACAGGUAGUCCAGCACAUCAUGUCCUUAAAUCUGCAAAUUGUCGCUUUGAUGAUUGCCGCAGAAAAACCUACAAAGACGCUGAUGAUAAGCACAUAACCACAACCAUAGUGGGGAUGAUUAUGAUAAGCACAGUGGGCAUUCUGAAACAAGCACACACCUCCACCAGGUGUUUAUCAGGCUUCUGUACAGGAAGGUUCUCAGAUUAUAGAAACUUCCAGUGGCUAUUCCCAUAGAUGGAGAAUUGUAGCUUUGGUCUGUAGUGAGUCAUCUGUUUUGUUUCAUUCCUAAACUUUUCACACCACACAUGGCGUACAGUAUUUUGUAGUAGUGUUUAUUUUUUUAAUUAAAAUUACUGCGAAACCAGGUGCUCUAUGAAACGAUACAUUACCACCAUCCUCUAAUCUGAAUAUAUUAUUGUGUUGCCUCUUCAGAAAAAUGAUAUUAGAAAUUCCAAGUUACACUCUUGAAAUGAGGUUUUAUUUGCUGAAAAAAGGUGAAUAUGAACUUAUUAUACUCAGUGUAUUUUGGGACAGCUUGUAGCUCAGACUGUUUCCUGUUUGUGAUUGCCUGUCUCGUGUGGUCAUGCUGUAGUAAGUGAAGCUUAGCCGCCAUGUACCAUGCUAUCUCUCUAUAUAUCCCAACCCUCUCCAUCUCAGCUGGCCCUCUGGCAACUCUUCCUCCCUUUGUACAGUAAUGUAAAAAAAAAUAUAUAAUCGGACUGUGUGUAUGUGUGUGUUUAUCUUUGCUUUUGAUUUUUCGGGAUGGGUACGUGUGUUUUUUUUUUUGCGGGUUCAGGGAGGGGCGGGUAUUGUUUCAUUUUGUUUUUGAUUUGUCAUUCUUCUUGUAGUGUAAUGUAGACGAUGUCAUGUGUAUUGUGUACUCUGUGUGUAGUGGAUUAGCUCUUACUGCUGAGCCUGCGUGUAGAGCAGGUGUAGUGUCAGUGUUGAUGUCAAUGUACCUCUAAUCUAUCAGAACUAGCCAUGUCCUACUCUGCUAAUAAUAUACAGUCUAUCUUUUAAGGAAAAAAAAAACCAUUUUGUACUAAAAGAAGAGAAAGAAAACUAUGUAUUUUAUCUUCGGAUUUUAAUCAUUGUUUAUCCAUGUUCAUUGACACUACUUUUUUUGUUUUUGUUUUGGAAGUUGUAUUCAUAGGAACAUUAAGAUAAAGCCAGCUGAUAUUAAAAGCAUUGCCAAACAAAAAGCUUUGGAUCGAAACUUGAACUACAAAAGAAUGGUUAAUUUUUACUGUGAGCUCUGGUCUAGACGCGGCUGCAGCUACAUAACAACGCUUUUUCUUUUUCUUUUUAAAGAAAAAACAAAAACAGUAUUACAUGUACUUAAAUAACUAUUUCACACAGUGCAGUGCCGACAGUCGUACAUCACUGUUUACCUUUAAUAUCCUGUGGCCCUUAAACUGAGCAGUCUGGCUUUUUCUGUCUAGUUGUUAGAAAACGUUAGAAAAUGAGCAAAAUCAAAACACCAAAAUUACUCUGCAACCAAGACUGAAUCAACGUCAGGACCCAUUAAGUCACAUUUUCAUUCUUGUGCAGCUCUGACGCAUAAUAACAUUGUUUUAUGUUGACAUUUUAGCCAAUUAUAUGACAUACAUGUAUCUGACAAGGGUCUUGUUACUAUUUUAAUUGAUUAAUUGGUAAAGUGGACCUCUGAUUACUGCAUAAGAAGAAAGAAUAAGACCCGACCCAUUUGGUUCCACCAGGAAAGCUGAAGAAAACACACGUGGGAAUGGUUCAGCUAAUACUUGACCCAUGUUUUCAAAUUGCUUACUGUCACUGUACAGGGUUGUAUAGAGGUGGAAAGUCACUGAUGCUGAAGGACAUAAACUACAUGAAGGUUCAGACCAUUUUUGCACACAAAUUCACAGCAUAACUGCUUCACUGUACUAAAAACAAAACUGUGAUUUUACCUUUGCGUCUGUGGUUCUCUGUAAAUUACAGAACAUUACCUCUUGAAUUUCUUACUACUGCUCAUACAAGCAUAAUCUCAUGUUUCAGCACUUUAAAGAAAUCAUUCGUUUUUUUUUACAAGCAACAAGAAAAAAAUAAUUAGAAUAAUAAUUUACAUUUUCAUUUUGGGAAAAAAAGCAAGAAUGGUAAAUGUCUUUUUCAGUGGUCUGGCUGAAAGAAACUGUCCAAGUGUCAGUGGAUGAAAAUGAAAAUGCUGUGUUGUUGCUAUGCCAAUGUGAAUUGUUUCAUGGGAGGAGUGGAGAAGAAAAAAGCACAAGUGAGAAACGAGAACACAGGUCUUCUGGUACCUUCUAUCAUAUCUAUCUGUCUAUCUAUCUAACCAUGUCUGUUCUUCUUCUUCAACCUUUAGGGCCAAAAUCCAUUGAAAUGUCUUAGUCCUGUCAGCUGUAUAUCGUACACUGUUGAAUUACAAAAUGGUAAAUAAAAUUUAUUUUAAAGAUCA